AUGCGCUUCCUACUAAUAUUGAUAUUCUCUUUACUAACAUCCGAAUCACUUCAACUUGAUGAUCUGGAAACAACAAAUGUAUUUCUACGCAAUUUAUUACCAUGGUGGCCACAAGAAGAAAAUGGAUUGCGAGCAGCUUCAGAAAAUGAUACAAGUUUAGUAAUUCCAUUAAACCACACAGUGACAACUGAAGUUCCUCCAACACUUCUCGAUCUUCAAAAUUCUCGAACUUCUCCGUUAGAUGAUUUGAAAACAUUGCCCGAAUCGCAAAAGUGAGUUUUGAUUUUUUUGAACAGUAGAAAAAUGUUGUGAAUAGGAAUAUCUAUAAAUUUUAGAUCUCAAAUAAAUUCGGAUAAUUUUCUCAUAAACUUCGACGAUAUGGCUGAAUGUCCAAAAGAUUGUUCAACUGGUCUUCGCGAUGCUCUUUCAAUAAUACUUCAAGAUAUGAGUCAUACCGAAAGAUACAACAAAAUUUGCGGAAAAUACAACGAGGCAAUCAGUUGUAUGAAAGAAGACGCAAGAUGUGUAGAAGAAGAUCGAGGAAUGUUUGAAGCAAUGACAUCUGGAUUACAAUAUAUGUGUAUUGAACAAGAACUCGCAUUCAAUGCAACAAUCAAAUGUAUUGAUGAUGAAGCAUCUUUAGUUCAAUCCGAAUGCGAUAAUCAAUGCCAAACAAAAAACCUUUUCAUGAAUUGGGUCAUGCGAUCAACUAUGCAAAAUUCAAUUCAAAAAGGGGUUAAUGAUAUCGUGGGAGCUGCGACUGGCGCAAAUCCUGGUGGUUUAGCCGGAUGGGCAGAUGCUCUAGCACAGGGAGGAUUGUUGAAACAAGCUGGAGGAGAAGUACCAGCACAAAUGAAUCCUCAACAAGGUUUUGAUAAUUUCAAACAAUUAACUAAUGAUUUAUGCAGGUAAUGUUGACAUGGAGAUUUAAAAAUGAAAAAAAGGGUUUUUGUAGAAUCGGAGAUUGCAUGUUGGAUUGUAUCCGCUCAAAAUUCAAUACACGAUGUGAGGGAAGUGCUGGAACUCUUUUGUCAGAGGUAUUUGUUCGACCAAUUGCAGCAAGUCAGAAUAAAUUGACAAUGUUGAGACCGGUUCUUGGGAUGUUUAUGCCGGAACAUUGCUCAUAUGUUUUCAGGUUUGAUUUUUACAGAAUUUGAGAAAAAUUGCGGAAUCUCGAUUAUUAAUAAUUUCACUUCUAUUUAUAAUCGCGGUGAAACCAAAUCAUCUUGAUGUUUGUUCAAAAUAUAUCCCAAUUAAAUUGAUUUUAAUGAAAAAAAAACCCGAUUCCAGCUCUUCCGACCUGCAAAAACAUCGAAUCGACGCAACAAUGGAUUCAGAAUUGAAAAGAAUGUACGCUGAAAAAUUCGAAAAAGAAAUCAAAGAUCGAGCCGCACAAGAUGAUCUUCUUUCCAGUAUUGUUCCUUUGGAUUCAAAUGGUGUUCCGAUUCCGGGAUUGAAUAGAAAUAUGAAAUCACCACUGGAUAACAGCGAAAAAACUUUGGAUCAGAUGAGUAAGUUUUAAAAAAGAUAAUUAUUGAGAAACCAUUUUUUUCAGUUAUGGAACUUUAUUCGAAAAACGAUAAGACUUCAAAUGAGACUGAAACAGAAACUGGAAAUAACGACGAAAAUGAAAAUGCUACCGAUAAAUUAAUUGAAGAGUUGAUGAGUUUCAAUGAAACUACAAUUUAUGACAAUGGUAGGUUACCGAAAAAAUGAUCAGGUUUUCAAAAAUCGAUCAAUCUUUUCAGGAAAUUCAACAUUUUCGGAAGAAACUGGAAAUACAACUGAAAUGUUGAAUGCGAUGGAAGUGACAAAUAAUUCAACAGAACUCGGAAGCAUUUUGGAAAAUUCUGAGGAUACUGAAGCUGAAAAAUCUGUAAGAAGUGAUUCUGGAGAUAAUUCAGAAGAAGGAUCUGGAUUAGGAAAUGUAGCGAUUUCCGAGGCUUCUAAUUCUGGAAAUCAUCGAAGUUCAAUCGAAUCUUCUGGCGAAAAUUCCGGAUUGGAAAGUUCGGAAGAAGGAUCUGGUACUUCAUAUGAAGCUGUAGCUGAAACAGAUUCUAGAACUUCUGAAGGAUCUGGUUUCGAAAGCUCUGGAAAUUAUAGAACUUCAAUUGAAUCAUCAACUUCAGGAGAAGGAUCUGGAUAUGAAUCUUAUGAGAAUUUAGGAGCAUCUGAAAAUACUGAAAUAGAAUUGUCAGGAGAUUUCUCAGGAGAAGGAUCAGGAAUUUAUUCUGAAGAAAAUUUGAGAGUUUCUGAAGGAUCUGGCCAAAGUCUUGGAAAUUCGCUGGAACUUCUAGGUUCGAAAUUGUCAAAAUUAUGGGGAAAAUUUGGUAGAAAUUCAUUGGAAGCGUCUGGUUUGGAAAGUUCUGGAUCUGAGAAUUCUGGAGAAGGUAACAUUUAUUGAAAAUAAAAAAUUCAAUAAAAAUAUGAUUUUUUUUCAGAGUGGAUUUCGAACGCUGAAAAUGAAUUUGAAAAAUUGAUUGAACAAUUGUAA